AUGUUUGCACAUCUGCUGAGUCGACGGCAGGGUCUCAUGGGUCCAGACCAUGACGGCAGUGAUCAGCUAGUCGUCAUCAUUUGUUGCUCUGGUUUCGCCACCUUCUCACCCCAUGCGGCGAGGGCGUCGUCAUCAGGCGACCCAGACCGUGCUUUGUUUUUGGUUCACAAGGACGCGGGACGCGAAAAUGUCAACGGCACUUGGGCCGCUUGUGUAUCGCUCAAGGUGAGGUUGUGUACAUACCAGGAGGAGCCAAUCUAUGCCUAA